GGGCGCGGAGCACCGAGCGCGCGGGGUCUCCGGGGUCGAGCCGAGCCGGGCCGGGCCAGGCCGGGCGGCCAUGGAAGGGUUGCGGCGCGGGCUGCGGCGCUGGAAGCGUUACCACAUCAAGGUGCACCUGGCGGACGAGGCGCUGCUGUUGCCGCUCACGGUGCGGCCGCGGGACACGCUCAGCGACCUGCGCGCCCAGCUCGUGGGCCAGGGCGUGAGCUCGUGGAAACGCACCUUCUACUACAACGCGCGGCCGUUGGCCGACGGCCUCACCGUGCGCGACGCGCGCCUGCAGGACGGCGCCGUGCUGCUGCUCGUGCGUGACCCCGGCCCGGCAACAUAA